AUGACCGCAGAGCAGGUUAAAGGCACGAUGGAGGAGUUCCUACUCUCCCAUGGUUACCAGGUGGGCAAGACCAUUGGAGAAGGGACCUAUUCGAAGGUCAAGGAAGCGUUUUCGAAGAAGCACCAACGCAAGGUGGCUGUGAAAAUUAUAGACAAAAGGGGAGGACCGGAAGAGUUUAUUGAGCGCUUCCUGCCCAGAGAGCUCCAGAUUGUCAAGCGCUUGGACCACAAGAACAUCAUCCGGGUGUAUGAGAUGCUGGAGUCGACAGAUGGGAAGAUCUACCUGGUGAUGGAGCUGGCAGAGGAUGGGGACGUGUUUGACUGUGUGCUGCAAGGGGGCCCGUUGCCAGAGGGCCGGGCUAAGGCCCUAUUCCUGCAGCUGGUGGAUGCCAUCCGCUACUGCCACAGCUGUGGGGUUGCGCACCGGGACCUGAAGUGUGAGAACGCCCUCUUGCAGGGCUUCGACCUGAAGCUGACUGACUUUGGCUUUGCCAAGCUGUUGCCCAAGAACCGGAAGGAGCUGAGCCAAACCUUCUGUGGGAGCACAGCCUACGCGGCCCCCGAGGUGCUGCAGGGGGUGCCCCACGACAGUCGCAAGGGGGACAUCUGGAGCAUGGGGGUGGUGCUUUAUGUCAUGCUCUGUGCCCACUUGCCCUUUGAUGACACUGACAUCCCCAAGAUGCUCUGCCACCAGCAGAAGGGGGUCUCUGUCCCGGGACACUUGGGGAUCUCCGAGGAGUGCCAGGACCUCCUCAAGAACCUGCUGGAGCCGGACAUGGUCCUCCGGCCCUCCAUCGAAGAGGUCAGCUGGCACCCGUGGCUGGCCAGCUCCUGAGGGCCGAGGGCCACGUCACCCCCACCCCAAACACACACACUCUCCCCCCCAAUAAAAGGGGACAGUCUGUUUCCAAAA